GAAUUGCCAACGCGAUGUGGCCGACAUGGAUGCGCGCGCGCAACGUGCUAGGGAUCGUGCGCGUCGUGCAAGCGAUACUGGCGGCGCUGCCCGCCAUCUACCUGAGCACGCGUAUGCCGCCGCAAGCAAUAGUGCUAGAUGAAGCCGAGUACGACUUUAUAAUCGUGGGCGCGGGCACGGCCGGCUGCGUGCUGGCCAAUCGACUCUCAGAAGUGGCAGAGUGGCGCGUUCUGCUGAUAGAAGCUGGCGGAGACCCACCUGUGGAGUCCCAGCUUCCAGGACUAUACUACUACAUCAUCGGGUCCAGAUUAGACUGGAAUUACCAAACAGUCAACGAUGGCUACUCCAGCCAAGCGCACAAGAACAAGAGCAUCAAGCUGACGCGCGGCAAGAUGCUGGGCGGCUCCAGCAGCGCCAACCUCAUGCUGCACGUGCGCGGCAACCCCGAGGACUACAACUCCUGGGCCCGGGACAACCCCGGCUGGGGCUGGGACACCGCGCUCAAGUACUUCAUCAAGAGCGAGAACAUGAAGGAUGAUAAAAUCAUGAACUCCCGCUUCAGAAAGUUCCACGGAACCAGCGGACCGAUGGGCGUCACUAGGAAAUCUGAUCCGGAGAGUAACCAGUUAUAUUUCAAUGCAUUCCGAGAGCUGGGAUACGAGAUAUUGUUGGAUGCGAAUACUGAUAAGCAGCUUGUGUUCUCUGAAGGACAGUAUAUCGUUGCCGACGGCGUGCGCCAGAGUACUGCCACAGCUUUUCUAGGACCAAUAUCCCAUCGACCUAACCUACACGUUCUCAAACAUACUCUAGUCACAAAAGUUAUCAUGGAUGGUGCGACCGCUGUGGGGGUCGAAGCUUUAACUGCAGCUGGCAAAACAAUAACAAUUAAAACUAAUAAAGACGUCAUUCUAUCAGCAGGGGCUAUUAACACACCACAAAUUCUGAUGCUCUCAGGAAUUGGUCCAAGAAAGCAUCUUAAGGAGUUCGAUAUUGAUGUCAUUGCUGAUUUACCAGUUGGAGAAAACUUGCACGACCAUAUUACUGCGCCAGUUUACUUUACAGCUGAACGCAGCGAGCCGGAAGAUGCACCACUAGACUUGCAUGGCGUAGGCGCUACCAUCACUGGAUACGUAUCCCUUGACAAAUCGAAAGCGGUACCGGACUAUCAAGUCUCAGCGUACCCUACAGGCUCCGGCAAAGAUGCCCUCUGGUACUGUGGAAGCGUAUACCAUUUAGAUGACGAAGUCUGCGAUGCUUUAGAUAAAGCGCUAGAAGGCUUCAAGAGUCUAUUCACCGAGAUAAACCUGAUCCAGCCUGUUUCACGCGGACACGUGCGUUUACUAAGCAAAGAUCCUACACACCCACCGGAAAUUUACUUAGGAUAUUACAAAAACGAUACAGAUUUAGAUAUCCACGCGAGAAGCAUACAGGAUUACUUGCGCGUGUUGAAUACAACUAGUCUAAGAGGCGUUGGAGCGAAAGUAGUAGACCUCAAAUUAAAAGGAUGCACUGGUUUAAGAUUCGGUAGUCACGAUUAUUGGAGAUGUUAUGCGCGAGAGAUAGCGUGUACGGUAUGGCAUCCAGUGGGGUCGACGGCGAUGGGGCUUGUGGUGGACCCGCGGCUGCGCGUGCGCCGGACGGAGCGGCUGCGCGUGGUGGACGCCGGCGUCAUGCCCACCAUCACCAGCGGGAACACCAACGCGCCCGUGGCGAUGAUCGCGGAGCACGCUGCAGAUAUCAUCAAGAAAGACCACGGAGUGCCCACUUAGU